CUUGAAUGAUUCAUUCAAGUCCCUGUCUCUCUUGUUUCACUGAAAAAAUACACCGCUUUCACGAGCUGCUUUUGCUAAGUAUACAAUCCAACUUGAGUAACCGAAAACAACCCAGCACUCUCAGUACUUGGGUAGAGUGUCCUCAGAAAUCUUGGCUCGCCUAUCUUAGCGCCGAUCUCACUAUCUCAACUUAACACGUCUCUAUUCUUAUCAACUCUACAACAUCGUCUUCUCUUCCAUUCACAUAAACCCCUGAGUUUUCGUACAAUAAUAACAAAAAUGGACUACCCUCCCGUGGUCAUGGCCACCAUUCAGAGUGCUGCUUUGGGCGGCAUCGCCAAUAUCUUGGCUCAAGGCAUCUCGGCCUACAGAGCUGGGGUAAAUCUGAACGAUAUUGUGAUAGACUGGAUCCCUGUGUUUCAGUUCCUCCUCUUCAACGUUAUUUGUACACCACCCAACUUCUACUGGCAAGAUUUUCUUGAAUCGACAUUUCCCGCUCAUCCUGAUGAUGCCCCUAAAGCUAAGGACUCCAAAGAUGCUAAAAAGACUCAACCCAAGCUUUCUAUACGGAACACACUUAUCAAGUUCUUUCUCGACCAGACUGCUGGUGCUGCUGUGAACACCCUGCUCUUUAGCACAUACACACAUGCCCUACGUUCAGCUAUCCAGCCCGCUCCCGUCAUUACCAGUCUCGCCAAGGCCAUCACGUAUUGGACUUCGCCAGGCACUCUGGACUUUGGACGUGUUGACUGGACAGCCGUUUGGGAGGCUGCCAAGGUCGAUUUUGCUCCCCUUAUAUUUGCCGGCUGGAAGCUUUGGCCUGCUGUCAGCAUCGUCAACUUUGCUGCUGUCAAGACCGUUGAGGGACGCAACCUUGUUGGUGCGUUGGCUGGUGUUGUGUGGGGAAUCUAUAUGAGUCUAGUUGCUGCCCAGUAAACCAAAGCGAUAUAGGCUUCAGCAGUAGACUCUGGCUAAGCCGAAGCAUGCAGGCAGACAGACAACAACUCAGACGAGUAUAUACGGGAUACCGAGAAAUCCUCGGUGGGUGGUUUUGGUCUAAACGGAGGUGGCAGAACAUGAGCGUGCACGUAACCUUGAAACCUGAAUAAAACUUGU